AUGCUUUCCCGUCAGUCGGCUAAAGCCUCGCUUCGGGCCAACUGUGCCUGCCUCAGCACAUCCCAUCUACCACUUUCUAAGCUUUCAAAUAUUUCGAGGAGCUCACGAAGACUUGUGAUAGGCGACGUUGUUGACCACAAAGGAAUCGGUUGUGAUUAUGAAAACCUUAUCAUCUCGAAACUACAAGACAAUCUGUCACUGUGGUAA